AUGAAGUGCACUUUUCUACUAUUAGCCCUUCUUCCCCUUUCCAAUUGCCAAUGGUUUCCAUUGACGACCAAAGAAGAGAUCCCGGUCAAGAUACAACCUUUUGAAAAUGGUCAGGAUGUGUAUUUGCAAUGUAUUGCUAGAAAUAUUGAUAACGGUGAGCACAAAUUUGAUGAUCAAAAUCGAAUUAUAACGGUUCCUUUUCCCAAAUGUAAGGAAACUGACAAGCCCCUCAGUCUCCACUAUGGGUUGGAUGAGGAUAUCAAGUGCACAGUUGGGUUUUCCGAUGAAUUAUUCCACUUAUUCCAACUCUAUGUCCAUGAAGAUGCUCCUUUCAGCUGUCGUUUGCCCAUGAGUAGCGAGGCAAAUUACUUGGAAAAGGGAGGUGCUUAUGUCCCGCUUACCUUCAACUUCCGUGGAGAGACCCACGACUCUCAUGUGGAUCUUGACACUUCUCUCAACGUGGUUAUCACGGUUCCAUCUGGCAGAAACGAGCUUAAAACUUUCGUGAGUGGAGUAGCAUGGUCUUCUGGAACCGAUACCCAGAGAGUGACUAUAGGAAACCAUGUUACGUUGAAUUUAGCGGUGAGAUGGCUCAAAAAUUUGGCUCCAAUUGCUGAAGAAUCGUACCAGGAUCAAUUGCCAUUUGCCAAUGGUUUUUACAAGCUUCCCUCGAUGGUGACCAAAGCUACAUUGUAUACUGACCUUGCAAUUGCCGUGGCGGUCACAACCAUGGUGCUCGUGGCCAUCGGUUAUAGGUUCAGAAGGGCAAAUCGACUCCGGGACCCUGAGUUGAUGGUGGAUACAAAAAACGAUUAA